AUCUUUGAGAGUCCAGUCCACAUCACAUGAGGAGCGAUCUCGUUUCCAUUUCUCGUUUGUGUGUUUUCAAGAACGUACUGAAAAGUUCCCACCUUGGCGUAAAGCCCAAAAUUAGUUCUUUGUAUCGCUAUGAGGACGUUUUCCUGUUUGCUACUGGCAGUAGCUUGCACCAUCAGCCAGUCUAUUCAAGCUUCCAUUAUUCCAUCCUUCAGCCGUACAUCGACUUCGAUUACCCGCCGUUCCAAGCGCCUGACGACGUCUACCCUGGCAUUUGUGGAUGGAAAUCACGUCCGUGGGGGAUCGACGAAAACCAUCAAAUCGUGUGCUGAUGCUGAUUGGAAGCUGGCUUUGAAAGCAGGAGUGGCGACGGCACUGGAAACCAUCGGAUUGGUUGGAGUGAUUGCUGGUACCAAAACGCUCGCUUCCCGUUUUUCGGUUCCAUUCCUGACCAAGAUGGUCGGCGGGCUUCCUAUUGUACAGUGGACUUCUCUUGGAAUUGUUAUUUUCGGGUCCAGUGCUGUAAAGAGUGUGACUGACGGCGGAGUAUCAGUAGCUAGUGCUCAAGUCUUCAGGCCAAACGUUACCCCCGGCGAUCCAAAUUGGUAUUCAAAUCUUAAGAAACCUUGGUUUAACCCACCGGCUUGGGUUUUUCCUGUUAUGUGGCUGAUUGUGGCGAAACCGACGCAGCUCUGGGCGGUCUCAAGAGUCCUCAAAAGGACUUCGACGAUCCCUUACUGGCCUACGCUGAGCGUCUACUGUGCACACUUAUCAUUGGGAGAUACGUGGAAUCAGAUUUUUUUUGGAUGUCAACGCAUUCGGCUAGGUUCAGGAGUGAUAACCGCCUUUUGGGGAAUGUUGGCCUUUAGCUCCAAGCUCUUUGCCAACAUUGACCCCACUGCAGGCUAUCUUUUGCUCCCUACAUUGGCCUGGGUCACGGUGGCUUCUUCCCUGAAUUUUGCCAUUGAUCGCUUAAACGUGGACUAG